CAGCAACAUUACACUAGUGUAUUGUCAAAAUUUUGACUUGCACGUCACUCACUAACAAAUUAUUUUCAAUAAAGUGUUUUCUUGUGAGUCAUUGGUACUGUUAUUUUUAUUUUGGUAGGAUUGUAGAAUUAAAAGUAGAAGAACAUUUAAUAACAGAAAUAUGGGUGAACAGCAAUUUGAUUGUGCUUUGGAUUUAAUGAGAAGGCUACCGCCUCAAGAAAUUGAAAAGAAUUUAGGGGAUUUAAUUGAUUUGGUGCCAAGUCUAUGUGAAGAUCUACUAUCUUCUGUUGAUCAACCUUUAAAAAUAGCAAAAGAUAAAGAGUCGGGCAAGGAUUACUUACUAUGUGAUUACAACAGAGAUGGGGAUUCAUACAGGUCACCAUGGUCAAAUACAUAUGAUCCCCCUCUUGACGACGGUUCUAUGCCCUCUGAAAGGUUAAGGAAAUUGGAAUUAGAUGCUAACUAUGCAUUUGACCAAUACCGUGAAAUGUAUUAUGAAGGGGGAGUUUCAUCUGUCUAUUUUUGGGAUUUGGAACAUGGUUUCGCAGGCGUUAUAUUGAUAAAGAAAACGGGAGAUGGCAGUAGAAAAAUAAAGGGAUGUUGGGACUCUAUUCAUGUUGUGGAGGUGCAGGAGAAGAGUUCAGGUAGAAAUUCACAUUAUAAAAUGACUUCAACUGCGAUGCUUUGGUUACAAACAAACAAGCAGGGCUCAGGCACUAUGAAUUUAGGGGGAAGUUUGACUCGCCAGGUAAGUUAUUGUUAUUUUAAAAUUACUUGACAUAUAGUAAAAUUGUUUGGGUUAUAAAAUUUUCACAUUGGGGGAAGUACCAUUUCCUUUUCUGUAUCUCUUGAUGUAAUAAUAUCUUUAGUAUAACAUCUGACAAUUGUUAAAAUCAAAGUUGCUAUUGCUGCAUGAUUCGAGAUAAAAAUGAUACCUAAUCCACGAUUAGUGAUUUACAUUUAUUUAUUAUUAAUAUUUAGGCACUUUAUCGAUUAUGUAGGGUCACUUUUAAGUGAAAUUUUCGACCAAUUAACUCUCAAUAGUAUUAAACUUUGGGUGCUAAAAUAAAUGACGUGCCAACUUUUUAAACCACAAAAAAUAUUGUAAUUAUUAAACGUGUUAAUAAGUUUUGAACGCAUACAGAGAGAGGGACAGAAUUCGUUGCAAUCAAUCAGUAGAUAAAAUGUAACGAAUGUUAUUAAUUUAAUUAUCCUUUUUUUGUUUUGUUUCGCGGUUAACGAGGGUAUUUUUCAAUUCUUCUUCCUGUAUUACGUUCUGGUAAAGUAUUAUGCUUCUUAUAAUAUCACGUCUUUUUUAUAUCGCAAUCGUCUAUUGAAAUUAUGUUUUUUUUUUUGGUAAAAAAUAUAUUUUUUCGCCUUUUUUUUUUUGU